GAUAUUGCAGGAACCCUGAAACAAGUUAAAAGUGACUCUCAGCUUCGUCCUUGCAACACACACAAACACACACACACACAUAGGUUCCCUGCAGCUAAACCCACUGAUCGUUGGCACCAUGAGUGACAUAACCGAAGCUGACAAAACUCACAUCCGCGGUAUCUGGGAGAAGCUGGCUGCGGAUCCCGAAGGAAACGGCAGAACAGUUGUACUGAGAUUAUUCACAGAUUAUCCCGAAACAAAGAAGUACUUCAAGAAUUUUAAAAACAUUUCAACCCCAGAAGAAUUGCAAACAUCAGCUCAGAUCAAAAGGCAUGGUAAACAGGUGAUGAACAAGCUGAAUGACAUUUUUGAGAGGUUGGAUGAUUGGAAUGCAGCUUGUGCCAUUCUGGAUACCAUGGCAGAAAGACAUGUUUAUGUGCAUAAAAUUGAUGUGCACAACUUUCAGAUUAUAUUUAAUAUAAUCGUGAAGAUCAUGGAAGAGUCAUUGGGGAGCACCUUUACACCACAGAUCCGUGAAUCCUGGGUGAAGAUAUUCAGUAUUAUUUACAAUUAUCUCGAAAAUUGCUACAAGAACCUUGGAGCUACAUUCUAGACAGAUGGCAUCCCUGCUGCACACACUUACCACUCCUACAAUUAAUAAAUGAAAUGCCUCAUUAUGUUAUCUCUAAACAACUCUAUAGUGCAAUAACUAACAUGAUCAGCAAUUGAAUAGAUUUGUUUGACAACAAUAGUGUUUUGAAACUGUUAAAGGGGAAAUAAAGGACUUUGAAUAUUAUCAACAAUGAAAUAAAUUAAAAUAAAGGUAUGCAUUGA